AUGAUCAGGAAGAAUCGAAAAUCUUCCGGAUUAACGAGAAUUCAUGAUGCCGUCAUCCAUGUCUUUCAAAGGAAGGCCCUACCAUAUUCUUAUUAUACUUUACAAUCAAACUUGAGGCGUUUAAUCAGGACUGACACAGGCCCAAUUAUUUAUGAUUUUUUCAAGGACCAACUGCUCAAGAAAGGCAUGGUGAUAUUGCGUGAAUCCCUAAAAAGUUUAAAAGGUGCUGCAUUACUCGAUAAACUAUCAGAAACAUGGGAUUACUUUUUCAAAGAAAUUUUAUUGACAUUACAAGCCAUCCUGUAUCCUUUCCAAGACUGUCCACCUGAGGACGUAACGAUCUCUUUACGACAACUGAUUUUGGCUGACUUCAGGGACACAGUCCUGCUGAAAAUCAAUUUGGAUGUGGAAGAAGCACUGGAGAUGGCACCUGUUGUACCUGAACCAAUUAAGCAGAUGGUCUUAGUCUUACAGGGAAUCAAUGAUGGCAUUAGUUUGGAACACCAACUAAAACUUGAACGGAUUGUUGUGAGAGCAGUGUAUCCAUAUCUUGGAGUACGAGGCCUGUAUGAAAGCGGAGACACAGAACCUACCAUCGAAGCAUCUACCGCAGCAAACAUCUCUGCAAAAGAAACAGAGGCAUCGAAAAUCCUGCUUAACGCCCUUGUCCAUGGCAGGUAA